AUGCGUACCUACGACGAUACCUUCAGCGCCACCAAGAUCUACCCGGGCAAGGGCAAGCUCUUUGUCCGCGGUGACAGCAAGGUCUUCCGCUUCCAGAAUGGCAAGACCGAGUCCCUCUUCCUCCAGCGCAAGAACCCUCGCAGAAUAGCUUGGACCACCCUUUUCCGACGCAUGCACAAGAAGGGUAUCUCUGAGGAAGUCGCCAAGAAGCGCAGCCGCCGCACAGUCAAGCACCAGCGCGCCAUCGUAGGUGCGUCCCUGGACGUGAUCAAGGAGCGCCGCACCCAGCGUCCCGAAGCCCGCGCCGCCGCCCGCCAGGCCGCCAUCAAGGAGGGCAAGGACAAGAAGGCCGCCGCCGAGUCGCAGAAGAAGGCCGAGAAGGCGAAGACGGCCGCCAGCGCCGCCAAGGGCCAGUCGCGGGGUGGCAUCUCCAGCAAGCAGCAGCAGAAGGGCGCCGCUCCCAAGGUGCAGGCGAGGACCCGAUAA